AUGUCUGAGAAGUACAUAGCUUCUCUAGAUGUCGGCACGACGACUGUCAGAUGUCUCAUCUACAAUUCAAAAUCUCAGAUACUUGCUAAUGCUUCUGAUAAGGUUCGAUCGGUUGGUUGUUGCGAGAUUGAUGAAGAGGAGAUAUUCCAACAGUGCGUCUAUGUCAUAAGACGAGCUAUCGAAAUUUCAGGCCUGACGGCGUCUGACAUAUCUUGCCUAGGCAUUGCAACUCAGAGGAAUACAUUCAUAACUUGGGAUAAAGAUACAGGCAAGCCAUUCCAUCAUCUGAUGACCUGGAAAGACAUGAGAGCUGCCUCCUACGUUAGAGAUUGGAAUAAGUCAUACGUUAUGAUGUUCAUCAGAUCGGCCAGUCGGUUGCUGUACAGCGUGACGGGCAGUUUGAGGCAUUUGGCUGUUUCGCUUCUGCAAUUCAAGAACACUCACGUUUGUAUGCGCUUGAAAUGGAUGCUUGACAACAACAAAGAGCUGAAAAAACGAGCUUCAAUGAAGAAGGUGUCAUUUGGUACCUUGGAUACGUGGCUGGUAUGGAAACUAACCAAUGCCAGAUGUUACGCCACUGAUUUCAGUAACGCCAGUUCAACUGCCCUCUUUGACCCUUACGUGCUAUCUUGGAGCUCUAGCAUUUGCAUGUUGCUCGGCAUUCCAAUGCACAUACUGCCGCCCAUAUUUGAUACAUGUGAUGACUAUGGAUACUGUGAUGAGAAGUUUUUCGGAUACAAGCUGCCCAUCAGAAGUUUGGUUGGCGAUCAGCAAGCGUCAAUGUUUGGCCAGUGUUGCUUCGAGAAAGGAAACAUGAAAUGCACUAUGGGACUUGGAACGUUUGUUGAUGUUAAAAUGGGAGGACAACCCAUGGUUUCAAAUCAAGAACUCUUUCCAAUAGUGGGGUGGAAGAUAAAAGAUGAAGUUGUCUACCUAAUGGAAGGUUACUCGUCUGACACGUGUCAGCCAAUCAGCUGGCUUCAAUCCUGUGGUCAGUUGAUGAGUGAAUUGCUGAUUGGCUGA